AUGACGAGGGACACACGAAACCACCUGCUGUUCGAGGUCGCCACCGAGGUCGCCAACCGGGUCGGCGGAAUCUACUCGGUCAUCAAGUCCAAGGCCCCCGUCACCGUCUACGAGUACGGGGACCGGUACCACCUGAUUGGACCCCUCAACCGCAAGUCGGCCGACAUUGAGGUGGAGGAGAUCACCGACGAGUCCCAGAUUCCCGAAGCCAUCAACAAAACACUAAAGUCCAUGGCGGAACGAGGCAUCCAGUACGUCUACGGCCGAUGGCUCAUUGAGGGCGCUCCCCGAGUCAUUCUCUUCGACCUGGGCUCCGCCUGGGGCUACCUUCCCGAGUGGAAGAGUGAUCUGUGGACUGUGGCCGGUAUCCCCGCCCCCGAGGGCGACAAGGAGUCCAACGACGCCGUUGUGUUGGGCUACUUGGUGGCCUGGUUCCUGGGAGAGCUGACCACCCACGAAACCGAGCGGGCCGUCAUUGCCCACUUCCACGAGUGGCUGUCCGGUAUUGCUCUGCCUCUGUGCAAAAAGCGACGAAUCGACUGCACCACCAUCUUCACCACACACGCUACUCUGCUGGGCCGAUACCUGUGCGCCGGCUCGGUCGACUUCUACAACAACCUGCAGGGCUUCGACGUGGACGCCGAGGCCGGAAAGCGAGGCAUCUACCACCGAUAUUGCAUUGAGCGGGCGGCUUCCCACUCGGCCGACGUUUUCACCACCGUGUCGCACAUCACCGCCUACGAGUCCGAGCACCUGCUCAAGCGAAAGCCCGACGGUGUGGUGCCCAACGGUCUCAACGUGGUCAAGUUUUCGGCCAUGCACGAGUUCCAGAACCUGCAUGCCCUGAUGAAGGACAAGAUCAACCAGUUUGUCAAGGGCCACUUUUACGGUCACCUGGACUUUGAUCUCGACGACACUCUGUAUACCUUUACUGCCGGCCGAUACGAGUACCGAAACAAGGGUGUAGACAUGUUCAUCGAGUCUCUCGCCCGUCUCAACCACAGAUUGAAGAGUGAGAAGUCCACCAAGACCAUUGUGGCCUUUAUCAUCAUGCCCGCCCAGACCUCAUCAUACACAGUGGAGACCCUCAAGGGCCAGGCCGUUAUGAAGGCUCUGGAGGACACCGUCAACGAAAUCCAGCAGCAGAUUGGCCGACGAAUGCUCGACCAUUGUGCCCGCCACAACAGCCACGACGGAAAGGAGAUCCCCGGCCUCGACCAGCUGCUUUCCCCCUCCGACAGAGUGCUGCUCAAGCGACGAGUGUUUGCCCUCAAGCGAGAAACCUUCCCUCCCAUUGUCACCCACAACAUGGUGGACGACUCCACAGACCCCAUUCUCAACCAGAUCCGACGGGUACAGCUGUUCAACCGGCCCGAGGACCGGGUCAAGAUUAUCUUCCACCCCGAGUUCCUCAACUCCAACAACCCUAUCCUGCCUCUCGACUACGACGACUUUGUGCGAGGCUGUCAUCUCGGAGUCUUCCCCUCCUACUACGAGCCUUGGGGAUACACCCCCGCCGAGUGCACCGUCAUGGGCGUUCCUUCCAUCACCACCAACCUCUCUGGUUUCGGCUGCUACAUGGAGGAUCUCAUUGAGAACGCCUCCGACUACGGCAUCUACAUUGUGGACCGUCGUCUCAAGUCUAUUGACGAGAGUGUUGACCAGCUAACCGACUACAUGUUUGAGUUCUCCAAGAAGUCGCGACGUCAGCGAAUUAACCAGCGAAACCGAACCGAGCGACUGUCCGAUCUGCUGGACUGGAAGCGAAUGGGCCGAGAGUACAUCAAGGCUCGACAGCUGGCUCUUCGACGAGCCUACCCCGACCAGUUUGACCACGAGGAGAACCCCUUCGAAGACGAGGAGCCUCUCAAGCUGACUCGACCUCUAUCUGUGCCUGGAUCCCCCCGUGACCGAGCCGGUCUCAUGACUCCCGGUGAUCUUGGAUCUCUGGGUGAGAUUGGCGAGGGUCUUGACACUGACGAUUAUGUGGGCUUCCGACUUCCCCAGGAUGAUGAUGACGAGGAGGAGACUAGCUACCCUGCCACUCUCACUCUAGCCGGUAGCAGAAAGUAG